ACGCCCAGUGCGGCGGCCUACUUCACUGGCCCCAUGUGCCACAUGCGCCAGCUCCACCCAGAUUCUGACAACGCCUUCCCAACCCGCAUCGACAGCGCGCACUUGGAUUCGGCGACGCCGGAGCGCGGAGGAGGCAAGCGCCGAUCCAGAGACGAUGGCCGCCGCGGGCUCCUCGCCGUCAUCCUCCUCAAGCAAGCGGUUGGAAGGGAAGGUGGCCCUCGUCACCGGUGGCGCCACCGGCAUCGGCGAAGCCAUCGUUCGCCUCUUCACGGAGCACGGCGCCAAGGUCUGCAUCGCGGACAUCCAGGACGAGGCCGGGCAGCAGCUGCGCGACGCCCUGGGAGGCGACGCGCAGGGCGUCAUGUUCGUCCACUGCGACGUGACGUCGGAGGAGGACGUGAGCCGCGCCGUGGACGCGGCGGCGGAGCGGUUCGGCGCGCUGGACGUGAUGGUGAACAACGCGGGCGUGACGGGUGCCAAGGUGACGGACAUCCGUGCCGUGGACUUCGCCGAGGUGCGCCGGGUGCUCGACAUCAACGUGCACGGCGUGUUCCUGGGGAUGAAGCACGCGGCGCGCGUCAUGAUCCCGCAGAAGCGGGGCUCCAUCGUGUCGCUGGCCAGCGUGGCCAGCGCCAUCGGCGGGCUGGGCCCGCACGCGUACACGGCGUCCAAGCACGCCGUGGUCGGGCUCACCAAGAGCGUCGCCGCGGAGCUCGGCCGCCACGGGGUGCGCGUCAACUGCGUGUCCCCCUACGCCGUGCCCACGGCGCUGUCCAUGCCGCACCUGCCCCAGGGCGCGCGCGCCGACGACGCGCUCACGGACUUCCUGGCCUUCGUCGGCGGCGAGGCCAACCUCAAGGGCGUCGACGCCAUGCCCAAGGACGUCGCCCAGGCGGUGCUAUACCUGGCCAGCGACGAGGCGAGGUACGUCAGCGCGCUCAACCUCAUGGUGGACGGCGGCUUCACAGCCGUCAACCAUAACCUCAGGCCAUUCGAUGAUUAGCUCAGCUUGUUUAGCAGCAUUAUUAUCACUCUUGUUCUGCUGCUACUCUUGAGACUUUUUCUUUUUGAACUGUAACAAGUGUCUGUAAGACUAAUAAACCGCAUGUUACAUGAUUGGACAUUCUAAGCGACAAUGCCGAAUUCGCGUAUGGUA